CAAAAUGCAGAGAUCCAGUAUAAUCUUUACAAAGCAGAAUAAAGCAGUGUCAGCGCACAAAUGGAACUAGAGUUAAAAAUACACCUGCAUACAUACAGUCAAUUGAUUUUUUUUUUACAAAGGUGCCAAAGCUAUUCAAUGGGAGCAGAAAAAAUUUUCAACAAAUGAAAUACUUUGUGCUGUAACAAUUAGAAGUAAAAAAUGAAACAUUGACCCCCUACCUCAUAGCACAACAAAAUUAAUUUGAAAUUAUCAUAGACCUAAAUGUCAAAGAAAUAAAAGACAAAGAAUACCUUAAUGACCUAGGAGUAGGCAAAGAUUUAUUAGAAGACACAAAAAGCAGUACACAGAGAAAAAACUGGUUUGGAUUUCACCAAAACAAACUUUUGCUCAAGACACCUUUAAGAAAAUUAAACGGUAAAUCACAGACUAGGAGAAGACAUUUGGGAUACAUAUAUUUGACAAUGGGCUUGUUUCCAGAAUAAAUAAAUAAACCUGUAAAUCCAUAAUACAAACAAAAACCACUCAGGCAAAACCGAGGAGCAAAUGCUUCACACACCAAAAAAAAAAAAAAGAUAAGUGGCCAAUAAGUACAUGAGAAUGUGCCCAACAUCAUUAAUUAUCGAGGAGUUAAAAAUUAGAACCACAAUACACCAAGUUACAUAAACAAGAAAACUGGCCAGGGUGUGUAUUUACUGGGUGUGUAUCUAGUUCCUUCCUGUUACUCUACGGGUGGGAAUGCAAGUGGUAAGGAUCUGGGAAAACAGGUGGCAGUUUCCUGUGAAGUUAAACAUACGCCCACACAACCCGGGGGAAGCGGUUCCACUGUAAACGUUUUUGAAAACUCAGAAUUGUACCCUUCAAAUCUGUGCACUUUAUUUAAUCUAAACUUUACCCCUAUAUUAGCAAAACAAAAAAAUAAGAUAAAAUGAGAAUCAAAAAAGCAAUCCCCUCGGGUCCCCACAGGUGGGAAAAGCAGGGAGCUGGAGAGGAAAGGGAAACCGCGUGGGGAAGGCGGAGCGGGGAGGCUGCGCCCUGGUGUUGCCCUGCCCCUCUCCGCUAGUUGCGGUUUCGAUUUCCCCGGCAGCUCUGCCUCUCCCCGCCGGCAUCCUGAAAAAGCGCCUCCUGCUCGCUGUGCGCUUUAAAAGUGGGGCGCUGGUGAGGAGGGCCUUUGCGGGAGCCCAGCUGCAGGCAUGACGGCCGAGGAGCGGCGGAAUCUGCACGCCUUCCGGGACUAUGUCACCAAGAUUCUGGACCCUACCUACAUCCUGAGCUACAUGGCCCCCUGGUUUAAGGAGGAUGCGGUGCAGUAUAUUCAAGCUGAGAAAAACAACAAGGGUGUGAUGGAGGCUGCUACACUUUUUCUCAAGUUCCUAUUGGAGCUCCAGGAGGAAGGCUGGUUUCGGGGCUUUUUGGAUGCUCUUCACCAUGCAGGUUAUUCUGGACUUUAUGAAGCCAUUGAAAGUUGGGAUUUCCACAAAAUAGAAAAGUUGGAGGAACACAGAUCGCUUUUAAGGCGUUUGCAACCAGAAUUUAAAACCAGAAUUAAUCCAAAUGAUAUCCUUCCUGAACUAUCUGAAUGUUUAAUUAAUCAGGAAUGUGAAGAAAUUAGACAGGUUUGUUCCAACAAGGGGCCGAUGGCAGGUGCAGAGAAAAUGGUUGAGUGCCUUCUCAGAUCAGACAAGGAGAACUGGCCCAAAUAUUUGAAACUUGCUUUGGAGAAAGAAGAGAGCAAUUUUAGUGAACUGUGGAUUAUAGAGAAAGGUGCAAAAGAGGAAACGAAAGAGCUUGAGGAUGGGGAAAUAGAAACUUCCGACGUACAGAUUUUCUACAAGGAAGAACCAGAAUGCCAGAAUCUUAGUCAGAAUUCAUGUCCACCUGCAGAAGCAUCUUGUACUCAGAGCCCAAUUAAGCCAAGAAAUUACCAACUAGAGCUUGCUCGUCCUGCUUUAGAAGGAAAAAACACAAUAAUAUGUGCUCCUACUGGUUGUGGGAAAACCUUUGUUGCACUUCUCAUAUGUGAACAUCAUCUUCAGAAAUUUCCGCGAGGACAAAAGGGGAAGAUUGUGUUUUUUGCUAAUCAACUCCCAGUGUAUGAACAGCAGAAAUCCGUCUUCUUAAAAUAUUUUGAAAGACAUGGGUACAAAAUUGCAGGCAUUUCUGGAGCCACAGUUGAGAAUAUCUCAGUGGAUCAGAUUGUUGAGAACAAUGACAUCAUCAUUUUAACUCCACAGAUUCUUGUGAACAGCCUUAAAAAUGGGACUAUUCCAUCACUCUCUGUCUUUACUUUGAUGAUAUUUGAUGAAUGCCACAACACCAGCAAACUCCAUCCUUACAAUGUGAUCAUGUUUCAUUAUCUAGAUCAGAAACUUGGAGGAUCUUCAGACCCACUGCCCCAGGUCAUUGGGCUGACUGCCUCGGUUGGCGUUGGGGAUGCCAAAAACACAACGGAAGCCACGGAGUAUAUCUGCAAGCUGUGCGCUUCUCUUGACACAUCAGUGGUGGCAACAGUCAAAGACAACUUGGAGGAACUGGAGGAGAUUGUUUAUAAGCCCCAGAAGUGUAAGUGAGAUCCAGUAACAAGCCCUUUAGACUCUGUAAUCCUCUACUAUUCCUAGUUCAGAGCCAUUUGAAUGGACACUAAAUUUUUACACUUUCUCUGUUUAGUAGAAACUAUUUAACCCCAAACAUGGAAAAUAAUCA